AACUACCGCGAAUCUAUGUGCGUCGUCCCUCAGCUCUCCUAGCUUAAUUUAGGGGCCGCGUCACGCACUCGGCAAUUGAUGGAUCACGUGCUGCCCCUGGCCCUGGCGCCGGCGGAGAGUACAGCCCUCUUCCUCCGCCGAUGUCGUCGAUGCUCCAGCCCGGCUCUCCCUGUCCCAGAGCGCUCGUCGUCGCGGAAUACGCGAGCAGGCGGCACGCCAUAGAGACGAGGCUUCGCCUGCUGCAUGGCUUCGAAGUGGAGGCUUACAGCGAUCCAACGAUGGCCAUGGCGAUGCGCAGGGGAAGCUACCAGCGCGUGAUGGUCGACAUGUUCCCGCUACGCGGCGGCGCGGUUGAGCUCUUGGAGUGCGCCUUCAGCGAGAUGCACGCUGACGCAUAUGCACUAUCAAAAGUUGGUGAUAGUUAUGGACCCCUGUCCAUGAAUAAUAUUGAGACCUUCAAGCGAGCCAUUAAGUUCCACAUAUCUACAUCAAUAGAAGCCACGCCGAACCAUCGGAGCAACAACUCAGCAACACAUACCGUAUCCACAACAUUGUCAUCCUCAAGAAGGAGGGCGACAAGCAGGGAGAUGAGACGACAAAGCGAGACAAAGAUUCAAGAGGCGGAGCAGGAUGGAGAGCACAGUGAGGAGGAGCAACAACCGGUGAAAAAGGAGUCGAAAAAAGUGCGGCUUGUUUGGACUGAGGAAUUAAAAAAAAAGUUUGUGAAUGUGUAUAACAAACUCCCUCCCAAAGAUGCCGUGCCAACGAAAAUACUUAAACUGAUGAACGAUCCAACACUCACUAGGGAGAACAUUGCCAGCCACCUUCAGAAAUAUAGGAAUUUGAAACAUGGAGAAGCGCACACUAUUCAUAAAAACAAUUCAAGAACAAAUCAUCAUACGUCUGCUGAAGGAUCCUUUCUCCCUCACAACAUAUCUCAGCAGGUACCUCAUAUGAUGAUCCAAGUUCAGUCGAGGGAAAAUUUCCAGAAUAUUUUCAUGAUAUAAAAAGCUCAUGUUAAUAAAAACAUUAUCUCACAUAUCUGAUUAUCAUACAGUGAUCAAGCUUCAGAAAAUACUGAAAUAAAAAGGUACAUGUGAUGAAUCUUUUUUAUUGUUGUUUUCUAAUUAUAUGUUGCACUUUAAUAUGUGUUGUGUUGUUACUCUUUGUUAUAGAUUGCAUACCAGAAAAGACGUACACCGGACCUCAGGUUGAGGUGGAAUAUAAAGUUGAUGUUCAACACAAAUAAGAAAUGAGAAAUUUAUGACAAUGCCACUAGUCUCCCUGAACUAACAAAGAUAAGAUCGAACACAUAUUGAUUAUCUAGUCUAAGAUUAUAAAUGAUAGACAACAUUCUCUUUAAAGAUAUGUAGUGUAUUUUAUUUUAGUCCAUAGCAACGCACAUGUAUUAUACUACUCCCUUCUUUUUACAAAGGUUUGCAUAUUUGGUUUAGUUAAGACAAAGCUUUGAUCAAUAUUACUAAAUUAAUGUGUUUUUUCAUACACGAAAUUUAUAUCAAUAGAUUCAUCUUCAAAAAUCUUUUCUGGUGAUUGUGGUUUCGUAUCAUAUAAAUACAUAUGAAUAAAGUUAAGAUUGGUCAAUACUUUGGGCUGUUUGGUUUGAGCCCAAAGUUGUCCUACCAAAAUUUGGCUAGACAAAUAAUUGAUGAUGAUUUUACUAGCCCAUUAGUUGGCCAACUUUGGUUAAAAAGUUGAACUAAAGUUGGUUAUGAAAUAUUGGCUAGCCAAAUAUUUGAUCAGCAUACAAACAAGCACCAAAUUCUGGUCAAUGACUAAAAAAUUAGAUUUGUAUGUUUUGUUAGCAAACCAAACACACCUUUUGUCUUAACGAAAACAAACACGCCACCUUUGUGAAAAGGAAGGAGUAAUAUUUUAGCAUUUCUUUCUUUAAGAGAAUAUUUUUUAACACCAGUACGCGGCCGGCCCAAAGAUAAGAGUUCCUACGGCAGCCCAUGUUUCGCCCUCAGCCGUUGGGCCGGACCAUAUAUGUGUGGUUCUAGCUACCGAAUUGUUCAGAGGGGACCUGCACCUAUGAGAGAUCAGAUACGGAGUACAUAUCAGAAGUCCCCAUAAGUGAUUCGAUAGGGAAAAAACAGCAACAAAUUUACUCACCUAGUCACCUGAUGGAAACAAAGCCCCCAACAAGAGCCAACCAGAAGUCAUCAACGAACUUCUUCAGUCACAGUUGCCAUCAAACUGCCCCGUCCGUCAUCCUCCUUGGUCGAUUGCAAGACUGCAGCUGAGCGUGCAGCGGCCAGCUCUGUUGGAGUGUUGGCCCCUGCCUCCUGCGACGAUCGAUGCUGCCUGGCCUGAUGAAAGUUCAACUGUUCAACACAGAGAGUAGUGCUAUUUUCGUUCUCAUUCCUAGCCUAAUGGCAGUGCGCUCCCAUGCAACUAUUCGCCGUAUCCUUCCAUUUGCAGGGACUCAAAACUUUCCGUAUAGGAGCUAGCUAAUUCUGAAUAUAGUGAAUCACAAGUCACGACGUAAGGAUAACAAGGACGAGCUAGGAUCCAGAAUUCCAGAUCGAUUUGCGCGGUAGUUGAAGUGCUCCAAAAUUGAGCAAGGAAUGCAUGCCCACUCCUGUGAAACUUCGGUGGAUCACAGAGAAUCUCUAAUGUGUAUUGGUCCCGGCCCUUUUCGGAGUUAGUAUGAGAUGGAGCAUCUUUCGCAGCUUUUUUUUCCCGCAACAAACAAACAUUCCCUGCCUGUAUGCUUGCUCUUCAUCUUUAGAAAAACCGGCAAGAAGAUCUAGGGGGCAGAGAGCCUGUAAAGCCAAAAGCUCCCUUGCCUUUCUGCACACUGAUCAGCGUUUCGGUCCGUGCUUGAUGUCACUCUACUUGCUUAUCUGAAAUGAAUUAUUCGCGCUUUUGUCGCAAGCAUUUCUUUGGUAGCGUAGAUUAGUCCUAUGUCCAAUCUGUACAUGCAUGUCUUUCUUUACUCAUAUACUGAUUAUCAUCUGCCUGCAAGGUUGCAAUU